CAAGGAAGCCUUGUGAGCCCUGUGUGAGGAACUCAUGCCACUUCUCGACGUCUAUAAUUUCCACGUUGUCCCGCCUUUCAUUGUUGAAGCUUUCAUUCCUUCUCUUCUCUCGUUAAACAGCUUCUCAUUACUUAUCUCUAUCACUCUCUAUCACCGCAUUUUCGAUUCAUAUUCCUCAAGUAGUUACAAUGUUCACCAAGUCUCUCCUUUUCGGCGCAAGCCUCGCAGCCCUCGCAGCCGCUGAUCCAAUUCCUCAAGCUGCUCCAACCUCCUUCGAUCCCGCUGCCCUCUCCUCCGAACUUGCCUCCCUCACCGCAUCCCUGGGAUCACUACCCAGCGGAGUGAUCCCCGGCCUGCCCUCCUUCUACAGCGACUACCCCACCCUCCCAGCAUCUAUCGAAUCCGUUCUCGCCACCGCCGUUCCAAGCAGCGUUAUCGCCACCGAAACCGACCCCUGCGCCUUCGUGACCGACGCGCCGCAAUGGUACAACGCCCUCCCCGCAUCCGUCAAGAGCGCUCUCACGAGCUACGAGUCCGCGUUGGUGAGCUGGGACAAGGCACAUUCUAAAGAGCUGGCUUCGUUGGCCGGGACUGCGUCGUACACGGGCAGCGUGCCUGCGCUGGUCUGCACGAAUACUGGGGCUGCCGUUGUUGCAAAGACGACGGCUUCGUCUACGGCGAAGAAUACGGGGACUGCUGGUAGUAGCACACCGAAUAAUGCCGCUCCUCAUGCGACUGGGGCUGUGGCAAUUGGGUUUGCUGGUGCCGUCGGGGUGCUGGGACUUAUGGCUGCGUUAUAAGGGUGAUGAAGUACAUUCGUGAUACUUAUGAUGGACCUGACAAUGCGGGAUUUUCGAUUGUACGAUGUAAAGAGUGUAUUGUACGGAGUCUGAGCGUGUAUUGUGGGCUGCGGUGAAUCUAAUUGAAGGCAAUUACAAGCUUCAUCAACUGCCUUGGGUCGAUUGCUCUAAUCAUGGUUCUCUCUGCCAGCUAGCAAUGUAUGUAUCAGUCCCAGAGCAUGCCUUAAAUUUUAACAUCACUCUUUCUCUUCCAGCGCUUAUUUAGCUCCAAUUGCUACAUAGUGUUACACUAAAG